CGUUAAUGGGGAUGCCGGCAUUGGCUUGCUGCGUGGACGCUUCCGUAGCGCCUCCUGGCUACGCUGCGGUCCCAUUUUCUUCCUCCACCACCGCCACCGUCGCUUCGGGUGAUUCCGUUUCAACCCAUUGGUCCCCCUCUCAUUCCGCCGCUCUCUAUCGUAUUGACAGCUGGGGCGCUCCUUAUUUCGCCGUAAAUGACGCCGGCAAUAUCGCCGUCCGACCUUACGGUGCGAGCACUUCGGCCCACCAAGAAAUCGACUUGCUGGAAGUCGUUAAGAAAGUUUCGGAUGCCAAACCGGCGGGCGGAUUGGGUUUACAGUUUCCCCUCAUCGUUCGGUUUCCCGAUGUGCUGAAGAACCGGCUCGAGUCACUUCAAUCGGCUUUUGAAUCGGCCGUCCAAGCCCUAGGCUACGAUUCUUAUUACCAAGGCGUUUAUCCCGUGAAAUGUAACCAGAACCGGUUCGUUGUUGAAGACAUAGUCAGAUUCGGGUCGCCAUUCCGGUUCGGUUUGGAGGCCGGGUCAAAACCGGAGCUUCUUCUCGCCAUGAACUGCCUUUGCAAAGGAAAUCCAGAGGCUUUAUUGAUCUGCAAUGGAUUCAAAGAUGCCGAGUACAUUUCGCUUGCUUUGCUCGCAAGGAAGCUGGCUUUGAACACUGUGAUUGUGCUGGAGCAAGAAGAUGAGGUGAAAUUGGUUAUUGAUAUAAGCAAAAAGCUUUCCGUUCGUCCAGUGAUCGGAAUCCGAGCGAAGCUGAGAACGAGGCAUUCGGGUCAUUUCGGGUCGACUUCGGGCGAGAAAGGGAAGUUCGGGUUAACAACCAACCAGAUUCUGAGUGUUGUUAAAGAACUUCAUGGUUCAAGGAUGUUGGAUUGUUUGCAAUUGUUGCACUUCCAUAUUGGAUCCCAGAUCCCUUCCACUGCUUUGCUUCGAGAUGGUGUCGGCGAAGCCGCGCAGAUAUAUUCGGAACUAGUCCGUCUUGGUGCCAACAUGAAGGUUAUCGACAUUGGAGGCGGCCUUGGAAUUGACUACGACGGAUCGAAAUCCGGUAAUUCGGAUCUCUCUGUGUCUUAUGGACUUGAGGAAUAUGCUUCAGCUAUUGUUAAUGCAAUUCGAGUUGUCUGUGAUCGAAAAUCUAUCAAGCAUCCCAUUAUCUGUAGUGAAAGUGGUAGAGCCAUUGUUUCUCAUCAUUCCGUUUUGAUAUUCGAGGCCAUGGGUGCAGUUGCCCCGACGACCCCGGCGAUGAACCAAAUUAACAUUCCGUUUAUUAUGGAGGCAUUGUCCGAGGAUGCUCGAGUUGAUUAUUGGAAUUUGAGUGAUGCAGCCAUGAGACAAGAUAAUGAGACAUGUUUGUUUUAUGCUGAUCAGUUGAAGCAAAGAUGUGUUGAACAGUUCAAAGACGGGACUUUGGGGAUUGAACAACUUGGUGCUGUUGAUGGCUUAUUCGAUUUGGUUACGAAAAUGAUUGGUGUGUCUGAGCCAGCCAGGACUUAUCUCGUGAACCUUUCGAUUUUCACCUCGAUCCCGGAUUUUUGGAGCAUUGGUCAGAUUUUUCCUAUAGUACCUAUCCAUCGAAUGGACGAAAGGCCCGCCGUGAAAGGUGUUUUGUCUGAUUUAACUUGUGACAGUGAUGGGAAGAUCGAUAAGUUCAUCGGAGACAAAACGAGCUUGCCUUUACACGAGCUUAGUGGUAGUAGCGGUGGUGGUGUUAAUGGACGAUCACGGUACUAUUUGGGGAUGUUCUUGGGUGGGGCUUAUGAGGAGGCCCUCGGCGGAGUCCACAACCUGUUCGGUGGACCGAGUGUUGUUACAGUGUUACAGAGCGAUGGUCCACAGAGCUUUGCUGUGACUCGAGCGAUGCCUGGCUCAUCAUGUGGGGACGUUCUUCGGGCAAUGCAGCACGAGCCAGAGCUCAUGUUCGACACCCUCAAGCACCGGGCUGAAGAAUUUUGCGGAUUCGAUGCAGCUGCUUUAUCCGGCAGCCUCGCUGGCUCCUUCCACAACAUGCCUUAUCUUGAACUGGCGUCGUCUUGUUCGAUGACUGCCAUUAAUAAUGAUGGUUUUUACUAUUGCAAUAAGGAUGAUUACAAUGCUGCUUUGGUGGAGUCCGGGGCUAGCGAGGACGAGCAGUGGUCCUACUGCCUCGCUUGAGCCAACGUUUCA